AGUGACCGUCACAUUCAAAGCCGGUAAGAGGCACUCCAACCCUUGGACACUCUCCCACCAACACUCCUCAAGAUGUCCUUCAGAGAACCCCUGUGGUUUUGUCACGAAUGCCACGCUGAGAUGAGACCGUUGAUGAUUCCAGAUCCCAUAUGCUCCUCCUGUCGGGGCUCCUUUGUGGAGAAGCUGGAGAACCCGUCAGAUGACCCCCGCGAUUUCCAACGCAAUCUUCAUGAUUUCCAUGAUCAUCCCAUCCCCGACCCCAUAGAUAACUUCUUCCGUGGUAUGCGAAAUGUCUUCGGUCCACCACAUGAUCCACUUAGACACUCGACUUCCCCACCGUCUCCAUCACGCAGCCCCGAGAGAGGAAUGGGCAGUGGCGCAUUCCGACUGGAAGUACAUUCUAGACCCGGUGGAGCGUUUAUCAUUGGAGGUCCAAACACUCUCGGGCGCUCGCCUAAUCAGGGGCAGGGGGACAACGUACCCACGAUGUCGGAGUUUCUUCGUCGCGAGCAAGGCAAUGACAUCAAUGGACGUCUUAUGGCCCAGUACUUGUUGAGUUUAAUCGGUCGUGAUCCGACUGGCCAUGACAGUGAUCCUUUUAUGGAGUUCUUCGGAGGUCGAGAUGGUCGUUUGGGGGACUAUGUCUUCACUCAGGAUGCACUUGAUCAGAUCAUGACCCAGAUCAUGGAAAACUCCAGCGCUGGGAGACCCGUCCCUGCGACCGAGGAGAUAAUAAUGAAGUUGCCCAGAGACCUUCUGACAGAAGGCUCCCCUUUACUUCAAAAGGACUGCGCGGUUUGCAAGGAACAAUUCAACUUACAUCCUGAAGACGAUGGAGAAUUGAUCGUAGUCACCCUUCCGUGUGACCAUCCGUUCCAUCAAGAUUGUAUCUUACCGUGGCUGAAGUCAAGCGGAACUUGUCCAGUUUGCAGGUAUCAACUCGUACCCCAACCAGGAGGGAACCCUGGUCAAAGUUCCCGUGGAUCUCCGCCGAACCAACCCCCGCGUUCGCAGUCUCUGGACAAUUCUAGGCGUGGCGGUGGUGGUACUGGGAACUUCUUUCAGUCGCUAUUCGGUGGGACAGGUGGCAAUUCAAGCGGCAGUAGCGGAAGCGGCGGUGGAAAUAGCUAUUCUUCAAUGUCUGGCGGCAGCAGUACGCCCGACAAUUCACGCAGCACACCAUAUUUUCCAGGACACUGGUCGGAUGGCAGGCAUUGACGUGCUAUCUCGAUGCCCCCGUGUUUCAGAUGAUAGAGGAAUCUUGACCACCACGAACAUUCUCUCACGCACUAGCUUUGAGGUAUCAGUAGUGUCAUUACAUUUUCGGUUUAUGCCCUCGGAGCAGGCCUGAGAGGUUUUUCUUCUUCCCAGUCAUUGUGGUUUCGUGUAACAUUUCCCUCACUAAUUGUAUUCUGUCUCGCGACCCGGGCCUGCUGCGAGCCACGCGA